CGCUUUCUACGCUUUCUCUGGCAAGAAUGUUAGUUCCUGCUCUUCCCUGGCCGUUUCCUGUAAUCGUACAGUGUUGUGAGACGGAGAAAGCCAUGUGUGUCGAUGCAAAGCUAUUUGGUUAAAAGCUGAGAAGAACUGGACGGUGACUAUUUAGCUUCAAUCUCGGAGUCUUUUUAACAUUGUGCCCGUCUCCCUGUGUGGAGUGGGCAAGAUGGCAGACCCCAUCAUGGACCUCUUUGAGGACACACCUCUGUUUAACCUGGAUGCCCUACCGGACGACUCCUUCUCUCAAGGCUCCUCAGACCCAGUGGAGGAGGCCCUUAAGCUGGCGUUGGGCCAAGUGGACCCACCAGCAGAGUCUGAGCUCACGGUCAACGCAGGUCUUACUGUUCCUGUAGCAGGUCCUGCCAUCCCGGACCCUGACCCCAUUCAAGUCCCCACACAGCAGCCGGCGCCAGUGGCAACUGCUCAGACUGUUUCCAUUGCUGUAGCCCCAGCUCCUGCCCUUGUUGAUACUGUACCUCAGAUUCAGGCCCAGACCACCAUGGCCAUUUCCAGCAACACCAGCGGGGUCACGAGUAGCACUGUCCUGCUGAGCUCACCUCUGACUGUUUCCAGCUCCCCGGCCACCACCACCACCGCCACCACACAGCAGCUCACACAGAUAACUCACCAGCUCACUCCACAGCAGUUAGCUGCCAUCACACAACAGGCGGGUGGUAAAAUUGUCAUUCUCAAAGGUCCCCAGGGUCAAGCCCAGGUGCUGCAGACUGUAUCAGGAGCCACAGGCCAGACCAGUGGGAAGGUCAUCCGUGUGUUGUCUGGUACUCCUCUUAAACCUGGCAUGUCUAUACUACAGGGAGGGACAGUCUUGAAUCAGGCGAGCCCAGGACAGGCUCAAGUCAAGGUGCAGCAGACGCAAGGCCAGACGAUUCAGGUGCAGAUCCCAGCCCAAGCACAGAUGGCUCAGGGCCAGACUCAAGUCCAAGUCCAGCCCCAGGCCCAGGCUGCCCAGAUCCAGGUCCAGGCUCAGGGCCAGGUGCAACUCCAGCCAGCCAUGCAGGCCCAAACGCAGGGUGGUGAAGCAAAGCGGAUCACCCUGGUUCUCCAGCAGCCCCCUCAGGCUGGCUCUACUGUGUCAGCGGGUCAAGCUGUUACAGCUCAGCAGCAGGUCACACAAGUCCAGCAGGUUCAGACAACCCAAGGAGGACAGCAGACCCAAGCCCCAGCUAGACUUGUGCUGGGUCAGCUCCCUGGAGGCAAACUGGUGAUCCAGGGAAGCCAGCUAGCAGCCCUGACCCAAGCUCGCACUGCAGGCCAGGCUGGAGGGCAGCCCAAAGUCCUCACAAUUCAGCUGCAGGUGCAGCAGCAGCCCAACCAACAAGGAGGAGUCAAGUACCAGCUGGUCUCAGGAGCUGGCAAUACUGGCAGCCCACAGGUGUUGCAGAUCUCGCAAGGACAAGGAGGACAGAGAGUUGCAGUGCCACUCAAAAUGCUUCUGCAGCCACAGACAAGCGCAGCAUCCUCAGCUGGCGGCACAGUCUCUGUGGUGAAGGUCAUCAACACAUCGGCUGCAGGCCCCUCCACUACAACGACCACUCCGUCCCAGGCCAUCCGCAUCACCAAGGCCCCUGGCGAGCCUGCCUCUGUGCGGCGAGUUGAGAUCCUGUGCAAGCAGGAGAAAGCAAACCGCAUUGUGGCUGAAGCUAUAGCCCGGGCCAAAGCACGUGGUGAGAAGAACCUGCCCAGAGUCCUGAACCAGGAUGAGCUUCCAUCCACACAGACCUCCCCAGAAACUGUGGGCACUGUGACUGUAGUGUCUGCUGCUAAGAAAAAGACCAGUGGAGGAGGAAGCAAGAAGAAAAGUCCUGUAGCUGGAGGAACAAUGCCCAAAAUCACAGGAGGAGCUGAUAAAAAGAGCAAAGCCAAAACACCAGGAGGGACAACUGGAGUGACUGGAGGCACAGUGAUACCUGGGGCUGGGAACAAGAGCAAAAGCAAGACUAAGACAAACACUAUUACGCUUGUGGGA